AUGGAUUGGGCCCUUCAAGCUGCCAAGAAAAAGGUACAGAGGCCACCAGGAAGUUCGCGUUCUAUAGUGGAAUCACUGAAUACUUUUAACAAUAUCGGAUCAAAACAUCAAUCUCAAAUAAAUAGUAUAUUGAAUAAAUCAAAUAAAUGGAUUAAUGAUGAUAUUGAAAGUUUGUUAAUUACAAAGCGAAGAGAUGCUAUCAAGAAAAAAGAAAACGUUAUGGUCAGUCCCGAGAAAACUGUUGGUAAAAUGGACAUUGUAUUUCCUCAAUCUAAUGAUAACGUUCAAUCCAUUGAAAAUAAUCAUGAAGAAGCUACGAUGACGACGCAGUCUAAUACAAGAGAAACCCAUAACUCUAAUAUUAAUGAUUCAACAACUCCUAAACGUAAUCAUGGAGAUUUCUCGGGUAUUACACCAAAAUCUUUACACAAUAUUAAAGAUAAAGUACAAGCUAUAGGAAAUAAUACACUUGACAAGACACAGCCUGAUUCUACUAAAAUUGCAACGGUAACUAAUCCAGACCAAGAAUCUCCAUGGUCACCAAUUAAAGUCGACCAAAAAUUGAGAAGUUCUACCACCACUACUGUCAUACCCAAUGCAACUGAGAAUAUGUCAACUAAAUCUCGGGAAACUGCUAAGGAGAUUUCCUUGGCGGCUAAAUUUGACUCGUCCCAAAAUACAAAACAUAAGGCAAAGACAAACAAUACAAAGAAACAAGAUUUACAAACAACCAACAGAGCACAAAGGAGAUCCAAUAUGUUCAUUCCAUUACCAAAUAAAGAUCCCCUUAUAGUUUAUCCUUCAAAUAAUCAUAACAAUGGCUCAACCAAGUCUAGCAAUAAUAAUACAGUAUCAUUAUUGCCUAGUAGAAUACGGCCCCAAAGGAACCAGAAUAUGGUGAAAAGGGUUACUCAAAGUCCAAUACUGAGAACGUCCAAUUCCACAACAAGUACACGUACCAAUGAAAGUAUAUUUGAUAGACUAUCAUCAUUAUCGACCAAAUCAUUCGAGCAUAAAAUUGCAUCGAAACAAUCUACCAAUCAUAGUCAUCGGAAAUUUUCAUCUUCUUCUAUUGAUGUGACCGGAUCACCAAUGAAAAGAACAUCACCUGUUAUGAAACCAAAAUUAGGAAUGACUCCAGGCAGUACUAUAGACAAUAAUUUACAUGAAACUUUGAAAGAUAUCUUUUCCACAAAGAAAUCCACAUUGGAAAGUCCUACUAAUCAAAGGAAUAAUAAAAUAAAUGAUAUUGUAAACAUAACGGUCAGACACGCUAAACCGAUCAGAAAUUCUUUGAUACCGAAGAUUGAUAAUAACGUUAAAAACAAUACCAAUAUUCGUCAUAAUAAUGUUUCACCAAAUUCUAACAAUUUACCAAUGACAAAAAACGAGAGAUGGAAUAAUAAUAACAAAAGGAAGAGUCUUCGAAGGCCAAUUUUACCAACGGCUAAUAUGACUUCAAAAACAUCCGAGAGACACAACAAUCAUCAUGAUGGCCUUUUAGAUAUAUCGAAUGCACCAUAUGGAAAGAUUAUUGAAAAGGCCCCUAACAACAAUGUCCCAACCAAUACAGCUGAUAAAAAAGCAACGAAAAAUGUAACAAAAAGAGAUUCUUUGCUAUUAAAUACAAAGAAAAUUAAACAUGAUCGAUUAACGAAAUUCCAAUUGCUACCUUCAAUUGAGUCUGAGAAACAAGAUUUGAAAAGGAAAUUAGAGCAACGAUUAUCCGGUGUCAUGAGAACUCAACAAGAACAAAAAAGAAGAAGGAUAGAAAAUCAAAGGAAAAAAUCUCAAUUAGAAGAUGAGUUUAGGAGAAGGACCAGGCAUUUAACUGAUUUUAGAGAGGCUCCAAUUCUGAAUGAUCAUUCUUCAGCAAUACCAAUACCAAACAACAAUAAUAUUAGCGGUACUAAUACGAAUGUAGGGGAUAAUGGGAAAGUUGAUACUACAAAUAUUUUGCAUGAUAUAGAUACCAUUGAUCACAGAAUAAUAAUUGGGGCACCAGCUUCUUCCAAUCAAAAUUCAUCGUGCAGAGUGGAUGAACAUUCACGUCCUUCACUUCCUGAAAUAUUUUCUGAUUCAGAGCAAGAAGACACAGUAACAUUAACAGAUUGGGCGAAGUCACCAUAUUUACAACAAACAUUGUUGGAACAACAAAAUUGGGAUCCAAGAGCUAUUUUCGGUCCAAUCCCACCUUUGCAUACAGAUGAAGUUUUUAAAACUUCUAGGCUAAAUAAAUUAAAACCUGGCAAAUUGAUACCUAAAAAAACCUGA